AUUGCCUCCAAAACACAAGGUCUGGGCCCAAAGAAGACAGCUGUCACUGAGGGCCCAUCACUGCCAGGACAGCCAGGCCAAGGAAAGAAGAUUGGCCAUCGAAGCGUGGAUGCUUCUGGGGAAACCACCUACAAAAAGACCACCUCAUCUACUCUGAAGGGGGCCAUCCAGCUGGGGAUUGGAUAUACUGUGGGCAAUCUGAGCUCCAAGCCAGAGAGAGAUGUCCUGAUGCAGGACUUCUAUGUGGUGGAGAGCAUUUUUUUCCCAAGCGAAGGCAGUAACCUCACCCCGGCUCACCACUACGCCGACUUCAGGUUCAAGACCUAUGCCCCAGUGGCUUUCCGGUACUUCCGAGAGCUCUUUGGGAUUCGUCCAGAUGAUUAUUUGUAUUCAUUAUGUAACGAGCCUCUGAUCGAGCUGUCCAACCCCGGGGCCAGCGGCUCCCUCUUCUAUGUCACCAGCGACGAUGAGUUCAUCAUAAAAACUGUGAUGCACAAGGAAGCUGAAUUCCUGCAGAAGCUCCUUCCUGGAUACUACAUGAAUCUGAACCAGAACCCCCGGACACUGCUGCCCAAGUUUUAUGGACUGUACUGUGUGCAAUCUGGGGGCAAAAAUAUCCGCGUGGUCGUGAUGAACAACAUCCUGCCUCGAGUGGUGAAAAUGCACCUGAAAUUCGAUCUCAAAGGUUCAACAUACAAACGCCGGGCAUCCAAGAAGGAGAAAGAAAAGUCCAGCCCUACGUACAAGGAUCUGGACUUCAUCCAAGACAUGCCUGAGGGCCUGAUGUUGGAUGCAGACACCUUCAGUGCUUUGGUGAAGACAUUGCAGCGAGACUGUCUGGUAUUGGAAAGUUUUAAAAUCAUGGACUACAGCCUCCUGCUUGGGGUUCAUAACAUAGACCAGCACGAGCGGGAGCAGCUGUCGGAGGGAGCCCACAGCACGUCGGAUGAGAAGCGUCCUGUGGGGCAGAAGGCCCUGUACUCCACAGCCAUGGAGUCCAUCCAAGGAGGGGCUGCCCGGGGGGAGUCCAUAGACACCGACGACACGAUGGGAGGGAUCCCAGCAGUGAAUGGCAAAGGAGAGCGUCUCCUGCUGCACGUAGGAAUCAUAGAUAUCCUGCAGUCAUACAGGUUCAUCAAGAAAUUGGAACACACCUGGAAGGCCCUUGUCCAUGAUGGGGACACGGUGUCAGUACACAGACCCAGCUUUUAUGCAGAGAGAUUCUUCAAAUUCAUGACCAACACAGUAUUUCGAAAGAAUUCCUCUCUGAAGUCAUCCCCCUCAAAGAAAGGGCGUAGUGCCUUGCUGGCCGUGAAGACGGCAGGUCCCACCGCGGCGUUCUCAGCCAGCCAGCUGGCCUCUGAGAAGGAUGACACCCAGUACGACCUGCGGGCAGCCAGGAGUUACCCCACGCUUGACGAUGAAGGCAGGCCAGACCUACUCCCUUGCACUCCUCCUUCCUUUGAAGAAGCUACCACAGCCUCCAUAGCCACGACACUAUCGUCAACAUCUCUCUCUGUUCCUGAGCGAUCCCCCUCGGAGACCUCUGAGCAGCCCAGGUACAGGAGGCGUACACACUCCUCAGGGCAGGAUGGCAGGUCACACGAGGAGGUGCGGGUCGAGGAGGAGGUUCAGCAAAUCAGCGUCGAGCUGGAGCCCAAGUGUGAUGUUGAGAUUGUAGCUCCUGAAGAAGUCAAAGAAGAGGCAGCUUCUUCAGCCUGUGCCAUUGUCACAUCCACAGCCACCGUAGAGGUGGAGACGGCCAGCCAGGCCUCGGAACCAGCCAGCCAGGCCUCAGAUGAAGACGACGUGCCAGUCACAGACAUAUACUUUCCGACAGACGAGAGGAGUUGGGUUUACUCCCCGCUCCACUAUAGCGCUCAGCUCCACUCUGUCUCCGAUGAGGAGAGCGAUACAUAAUCUCUAUGCAGACACAGAAGUCCCAGAGAGCAGCGAUUCCCUCUGCAGGUCGAUGUGUUCCCUUUUCGUUGAUGCAGCCAUUCCAGUGGGAUGGGGAAGAGCUUGCUGACACCAGUAUUGCUGCACUGCAGGAUCCUGGGUACUGCGUUUCAGAAUGGAGCAAAACUAUAACCAUGUAUUUCUACUUACCCCAGAUGUGGGCAGCAAAGAAACCACCCACUCACCCGCAGCUCCCAGCAGAGAAUUCCAGCUGGGUGUAGAGAAUCCUGGGUAGUAACACAGUGUUUUCCAGACGUGCACUACCGUAGCUACCUAUCCAUGUGUGAUACUGUGAACCUUCUUAAUUUUUUAAUCAUGUAUUUAUUUCUUUUAUCUUUGCACAGAGACAGCACAAAUGUGCUUUUUUAAA